AUGGCUUCCUCAGUGCUGUGGCAACAGCUGAAGAGCUUCAUCGUGCGAUAUCCCAUUGCGCGUGGUAUGAUAUCGUAUAGCUUGAUCUGGCCCACGGGCAGCCUGAUACAGCAGACAUUUGAGGGCAAGCGUUGGGGCAAUUACGACUGGUGGCGCGUCUUUCGCUUCAGCAUGUACGGUGGAUUGUUUGUGGCGCCCACGCUCUAUGGCUGGGUGAAGAUCUCCAGUGCUAUGUGGCCACACACUUCGCUACGCUAUGGCGUUAUUAAAGCCGCCGUAGAGACCAUUUCGUAUACGCCCGCCGCGAUGACCUGCUUCUAUUUCAUCAUGAGCUUGCUGGAGUCAAAGACGGUGCAAGAAGCUGUCGCCGAGGUUGGCAAAAAGUUUCUGCCCACCUAUAAGGUCGCUUUAGCCGUUUGGCCUUUGGUAGCCACCAUCAACUUUUCGUUGAUACCUGAACGGAACCGUGUGCCUUUUAUUAGUGUCUGCAGCUUGUGCUGGACAUGUUUUUUGGCUUAUAUGAAACACUUGGAGCACCAUGAAGUGGAUCAAGUUAUUUAAUUGUGUUUUACUUGUUUGUUAUUGUAAAUAUUAGCUUUAAUAAAAUAAGGAAGAUAAACUA